UUCUUAUUUCAACAUAUAUUUUUAAAUUUUUUUUUAAUGUAAUUGCUCUGAUGAUGAAGUGGGAGUAGUAGUGAAAAACCAAGCAAAACCCCCCAAUCCCCAAUGCUCAGAUUCUUCACCCAUUCAUCUUUUUUCUUUGGUUUUUGAGCAUCGCCACACAAAUCCAUAGAUACCUCCCCCCCCCCCCCGCCUUCAACCCCCAAUUUUACACAGGAGAAAUUUAUCACAACCAUGAAGCGAGACCACAAUCAUCUCCAACCCAACCCAGACCCCUCUUCUCUCCUCGACGCUCCUUCUACCGGAAAGGCCAAGGUUUGGGACGAAGAAGCCGCCCAACAAGACUGUGGGAUGGAUGAGCUUUUGGCGGUUUUGGGUUACAAGGUCAAAACUUCAGACAUGGCUGAAGUGGCUCAAAAGCUUGAGCAGUUGGAGGAGGUUAUGUGUAAUGUUCAAGAUGACGGGAUUUCUCACCUUGCUUCUGAAACUGUUCAUUAUAAUCCUUCCGAUCUGUCGACUUGGCUCGAGAGCAUGCUCUCUGAACUUAACCCUCCCUCCACUUUUGAUCCUUUUGGCGCUGCUGGGACGGCGGCGGCGGCGUUGGAUGAUUCGUUUCUUGGUCCCGCUGAGUCCUCAACUUUGACGACGUUGGAUUUCGACAACAUCAAUCGGAAACAUCAGAAAUCUGGUCAACAAAUCUUUGAGGAAGCUUCCUGCUCCGAUUACGAUCUCAAAGCCAUUCCUGGUAAGGCUAUUUAUUCUCAAAAUACCCAACCCCAACCCCAAACCCACGAUUCCUCAUCUUCUUCCACACCCACCAACGUUAAAUCCGAAAAACGCUUCAAAUCUACAUCCGGGCCGCCCUCGCCCUCGGAUAUCUUCCCCCCUCCUCCUCCCGCUGCUGCUUCCUAUGGAAUUCCGACUGAUUCAACUCGUCCCGUGGUCCUGGUUGACUCGCAAGAAAAUGGAAUCCGGCUUGUCCAUGCUUUGAUGGCAUGUGCGGAAGCUGUCCAGCAAAACAAUCUUAAUCUGGCUGAAGCUUUAGUUAAACAAAUUGGGUUCCUAGCGAUUUCUCAGGCUGGGGCUAUGAGAAAAGUGGCUACUUAUUUUGCGGAAGCAUUAGCCCGAAGGAUUUACAGAUUUUAUCCUCAAAACCCACUCGACCACUCUUUUUCAGAUGUUCUUCACAUGCACUUUUACGAGACUUGCCCCUAUCUCAAGUUCGCUCAUUUCACCGCUAACCAAGCUAUUCUCGAAGCUUUUGAGGGCAAAAAAAGAGUCCAUGUUAUCGAUUUCUCAAUGAACCAAGGCAUGCAAUGGCCUGCUUUGAUGCAAGCUUUAGCGUUAAGAGUUGGUGGUCCGCCGGCUUUUAGGUUAACUGGGAUCGGACCUCCUAGCCACGACAACUCAGAUCACUUGCAGGAAGUUGGUUGGAAGUUGGCUCAGUUUGCCGAAAAGAUUCACGUGGAGUUCGAGUAUCGUGGGUUCGUGGCUAAUUCGUUGGCCGAUUUGGAUGCUUCAAUGCUUGAUCUCAGGCCGAGUGAAGUUGAAGCCGUGGCCGUUAACUCGGUUUUCGAGUUACAUAAAUUGUUGGCUCGGCCUGCUGCCAUCGACAAAGUCUUUUCUGUGGUGAAACAAAUGAAGCCUGAACUUGUUACCAUCGUUGAGCAAGAAGCGAACCACAACGGUCCUGUUUUCUUAGACAGGUUCACUGAGUCAUUACAUUAUUACUCGACGCUUUUUGAUUCGUUGGAGGGGUCGGUGAGCAGUCAGGAUAAGGUUAUGUCGGAGGUGUAUUUGGGGAAACAGAUAUGCAAUGUGGUGGCCUGUGAAGGGGUGGACCGAAUCGAGAGGCACGAGUCGCUGACUCAGUGGAGAAACCGGCUGAGUACGGCGGGGUUUUCACCGGUUCAUUUGGGUUCGAACGCGUUCAAGCAAGCUAGUAUGUUGUUGGCCCUGUUUGCAGGCGGAGAUGGGUAUGGGGUGGAAGAGAACAACGGGUGUUUGAUGCUGGGAUGGCACAACCGCCCACUCAUUACAACUUCAGCUUGGAAGCUCACCAAAAAAACCACCGCCAUAAGCCAGUAAAAUUUAUUUAUUUUUAAUGAGUCGACUCAAUGAGUCUAAGAAGAAUCCCAACUCAGUCUGGUCCCUCCCUAGUACGAAACCCUUAUCUUUAAUUUCUGUCAAUGUUGGCUUCUGAACUGGCUGCCUUUCCAGUUUGCCACUCCCUUUUUAUCAUUUUUCUAAUUUUCAGCUCUCUUUCUGUUUAGGUUAAAAUUUUUUUCUUGGGGAAAUCUUUUUGUAUUUUCAGGGUGAAUCACUAAAAGGGUUAAUGUAUUUAUUAUAAAUAUGUUAUAUAGCGUUGCUGAAAAAUAAAAAAGAAAUUGCAGAGGGGUUUAGUUGAACACCCAA